AUGUGGCCAAUCUGCACUGACAAGACAAAUCUUCCUGGAUCGCUCCUCUUCUUGAUCACCAGCACAGCGCUACACUCCUCUGACACUAGCAUGACGUUCUCAUCCUCAGCUACUUUCCCAGAUAUCAGCUCCUUCAUGUACUUCUUCAAGCAGGAAUCAUCUGAACAGCAUCAGACAGAGGCAGCUUCACAGUCAAGUCCUUCAACAUCUCCUUACACUUUGCAUCCUCCAAGUCUUUUCUGGACUUCUUCCGUGGAACAAGGUAAGGAGGCGUCAUCAUCAGCUCGAUCGACUCCUCUCGAAGCAGCUCGAUCGACUUCAGCUCACAUGUUCCGGAUUCUCGUCGGCUUUCUCCUUGCCUGCCCUUUUAGGAGGAAUCGCAGCAGGUAA